AGAAAUCUAUAGAGCGUGCAGUGUUCGGCUAGUAAAAGUGUUAAAGUGUUAAAAGUGUAAAAGUUAAAAAUGACUGGUCGCGGCAAAGGUGGAAAAGGCUUGGGUAAAGGUGGUGCUAAGCGUCAUCGUAAAGUUUUACGUGAUAACAUCCAGGGAAUCACUAAGCCUGCUAUUCGGCGUUUGGCUCGUCGUGGAGGUGUAAAACGUAUAUCUGGUUUGAUAUAUGAAGAAACUCGUGGAGUCUUAAAAGUAUUUUUAGAGAAUGUUAUCCGUGAUGCAGUUACCUAUACUGAACACGCUAAAAGGAAGACAGUUACAGCAAUGGAUGUUGUAUAUGCUUUGAAGAGACAAGGACGUACCUUGUAUGGAUUCGGCGGUUAAACAAUUUUCCUAUCAAAUAUAAAAAAAAAACAAAACGGUCCUUUUCAGGA